AUGGCGGACACGGACACUGACCCUGGAAGCACCUCGACGCCCCAAGCCUCCAGCAGCAAGCGGCGCCGGGAUUCCAACGGGAAACGAACGAGGCGCCACCGCACUAUCUUCACCGAGGAGCAGUUGCAGGAACUCGAGCUUACCUUCCAGAUCACGCACUACCCUGACGUCCUUCUGCGGGAACAGCUCGCCCUCAAGGUGGAUCUGAUGGAGGAGAGAGUGGAGUUUGAGGUGAGGUUCGCUGCGACUCAUCAGGAAGACACUACUGCUGGUCACGUGGACUGCAACGUGCGCGGAGUAAUGUCUUCCAGUGACCAGCGUGGUGCUGCGCGCCUCAUCCCAUCACUGAUAAAUACUUUCUUCCCAACAGGGCCGCAGCGAGCCAGCCCAAAUCCCCGCGGCCGCAGCAGCAGGAAGGGCAGAGUGAGGGGCGACGUGGUGUCCCCCCAUCAGGCCUCCCUUCACUGCCACACACUGAAGGGCGGUGAUAAGGUGUCCCAGCAAAGAGGUGUUUUUGAGGAAACAAACGAGGGGAAACAUUCCAGUGAAGAGCGUGCAAGAGGUAGCAAUGGACCUGAGCGUGGAACAUAUGGGUGUGAUGGCAAGACCCAGGAAGCCAGGAAUGUUUUCUGA